GGGCCUGGGCAGGCCCAACGACCAUAAAUGGCGCCCAUCCGGUUGGUUCGGCCGCAAAGCAGCACGAGCAGCGGAGGCACCCGGACACUGCAGAGCCGGCAUCGUUUUCGCGUGGCGCGGCGGCGGCGGCAGCGGCAGCAGCAGCAGCAGCAGCAGCAACAAAGCGAGAGCGGGCCGGGAGCGCGGGCAGCAUGAAAGGGCCGUCGGUCGGGCCGGCGUCGGAGGUGAUCCGCGAGGGCGAGCUGGAGAAGCGCAGCGACAGCCUCUUCCAGCUGUGGAAGAAGAAGCAGGUGGUGCUGAGCAAGGAGAGCCUGAGCCUCUUCUCGCCCGAGGGCGGCGGCAAGGCCCGCGCCAAGGAGCUGCGCUUCGGCUCCAUCCAGAAGGUGGACUGCGUGGAGCGCACCGGCAAGUACGUCUACUUCACCAUCGUCACCACGGACCGCAAGGAGAUCGACUUUCGGUGCCCGGGCGAGAGCUGCUGGAACGCCUCCAUCACCAUGGCGCUCAUCGACUUCCAGAACAAGCGCGCCAUCCAGGACUUCAAGAGCCGGCAGGAGGCCGUCGAGCAGGCGGUGGCGGGCAGUCGGGACCGGCGUUUGGCUCGGGCGCCCUGAGCCCCGCGCCCGGCCAGUCCCGCGCGGACCAGCCUAGCCGAGAUUAUACAUCUGGAUAACAAAUACACUGCACCAGGACAGGAUACCAAUGAAGGAAAACAAACGAUGCUACUAUACCUAGAUUUUUUUUUCCAGAUGUGAUCAGAUGGCUAAGCUUCUCCUUAGAGGCAUUUAUAAACCAAAGAACUUUUUUUAAA